AUGUCCGACAGAGAGUUGAUCACAGAGAAGAGAGAGAAGACCCCGUCUCUCCAGGAGCUGGAGGAGGUCUUACACUCCGCUCCACGCUCCUGUCGCCAUGGAGAUGAGGUGUGGCCGUGCCUGUAUCUGGGAGACAUGGUCAUGUCUCAUGAUAAGUUUGGGCUCUGGCGGCUGGGCGUCACUCACGUGCUGAACGCCGCUCAUGGUAAACUGUGCUGUAAGGGCAGUGAUGAUUUCUAUGGAACCACAGUGAAGUACCAUGGAGUCCCAGCCAGCGACCUGCCGACGUUUGACCUCUCACCCUAUUUCUACCCUGCGGCUGAGUUUAUUCACCAGGCUUUGACAUCCGGAGGUAGAAAGGUGUUGGUGCACUGUGCUGUGGGUGUGAGUCGCUCGGCUGCAUUGGUCCUUGCCUUCCUGAUGAUCCAUCACCACCUCAGCCUUCUGUCCUCCGUACGCUGCGUGCAAGAGGAACGCUGGAUCUUCCCAAACAGAGGCUUUCUGGGACAGCUCAUAGCCCUGGACCGAAAACUGCAGCACACAGAUUUGAAUGAGCCAAAAUAA